AAUUCUAGAAUUUAAGUUAAGUACCUUUGUGUGAGAAAAUAUUAUUUUGGGGCUUAAUGGCAAAAUUUCAAAAGUUGAGAGAUUUAAAAGAGAAAAUAAUUGGAUAAGGAUUAGCUUCUUUUCUCUUUCUCUUUUUUUUUUCUUUCUUUCUUUUCUUCUUCCUCAAACCCACGUGCCUCUGCUCUUCCUCUUCUCUCCUGCAUCGAGCAACAAGAGCCCCAAGCCCGACGCACCUUCCCCUGAGAAAAAUCGGUAAGAAGCUUGGAUUUUCCCCUUGUUUUCUUGUUCAAUAACCAGAUUUAAGCUUUGAAAUCCCCCCCCCUCUCUGUAGAAAUCCCGGAUCUGCUCUGCUCUGCUUCUCACCGCCAGCUGCUCCUGCUUUGUGGGGGCGAAUUGCUUUGAUUUUCCCGGUAAGCCACAGCCAUGAACUCCAUCUUUUCAGCAUGAUUUAGCUUGGGUUCAUGUUAAAUCUGUUGUUUCUCCAGAUUUUGGGUAGUUUCCGUGAGUCCGCUACCCUGCCGCCGGCUUCCCCUAGCUUGCAGCUCCGGUUUUUGCUGCUGAAUUCUGGAAGCGAAACCGAGGACGGGGAAACCACGGGAAGUGACGAGUUAGAAGAUUAGCCAUUUCGAGAUUGAUAUAGAUUUUAGAUAUAAAUUAUGAUCUUAGUGGCGCAGCGGAAGCGUAGUAGGCUAGGUUCUGAUCAUGGAGAGUUGGUGGGGCAUUUGUUUGGCCUUGGCUUGUGUGAAACCAUUCACUAGUCUAGAUGGUCCUCAAUUUGAGUUUUGGGGACAAAACUCCUUUUUAGGAGGGACCCGCGCGCCCCUGCUAUUCCUCUUUGCUCCUGCACCAAGCAACAAGAGCCCCAAGCCCAACGCACCUUCCCUUGAGAAAAACCGAAAUCCCGGAUCUGCUCUGCUUUACUUAUCACUGCCGGCUGCUCCUGCUUUGUGGGGGCGAAUUGCUUUGAUUUUUUCGGUAAGCCACAGCCAUGAACUCAAUCUUUUUAGCUUGAUUUAGCUUGGGUUCAUGUUAAAUCUGCUGUUUCUCCAGAUUUUGGGUAGUUUCUGUGAGUCCCCUACACUGCCGCUGGCUUCCCCUAGCUUGCAGCUCCGGUUUUUGCUGCUAAAUUCUGGUUCCUGAUCGUUCUGUCAGUUUAGCAUUGAGAUCGAGUCUUCGGUUUUAUGAGAGUGAGAUAUAGUCAUGAUUACUGACGCUCGCUAGUGGGAGUUGUAAACGCUAGCACAUGUCGACAUGUAUUUCUGUAGAACCGGUUCAUCUUACCAAUGGGAUAAUACAUUGGUAAUUAGUGAUGCCUGCUAGUGGGAGUUUGUAAACACUGGUACUACUGACGCCUGCCAAUGGGCGAAUACAUUGGUAAUUACUGACGCUUGCCAGUGGGAGUUUGUAAACACUAGUACCAUUACUGACGCCUGCUAGUGGGAGUUGUUAAACACUGGUACUUCUGUAACCUUGCCAAUGGGGUUAAACAUUGGUAACUACUGUGCCCGCCAGUGGGAGGAAGCGAAAUUGAGGACGGGGAAACCAAGGGGAGUGACGAGUUAGAAGGCUAGCCAUCUUGUAAAUUGAAUAUGGAGUUAGAUAUAAAUGAUGAUAUGAAAGCGAAACCGAGGACGGGGAAACCAGGGGAAGUGACGAGUUAGAAGGCUAGUCAUUUCAAGAUUGAUAUAUAUUUUAGAUAUAAAUUAUGAUCUUGUAA